AUGGAGUUCGGCCUGCUGAGCGAGGCGGAGGCCCGGAGCCCGGCCCUCUCGCUGUCGGACGCGGGCACGCCCCACCCUCCUCUGCCGGAACACGGCUGCAAGGGCCAGGAGCACAGUGACUCGGAGAAGGCCUCGGCUUCGCUGCCCGGCGGUUCCCCCGAAGACGGCUCGCUGAAGAAGAAGCAGCGGCGGCAGCGCACGCACUUCACCAGCCAGCAGCUCCAGGAGCUGGAGGCGACCUUCCAGAGGAACCGCUACCCCGACAUGAGCACGCGCGAGGAGAUCGCCGUGUGGACCAACCUCACCGAGGCCCGCGUGCGGGUGUGGUUCAAGAACCGCCGGGCCAAGUGGCGCAAACGCGAGCGCAGCCAGCAGGCCGAGCUGUGCAAAGGGGGCUUCGCGGCGCCGCUCGGGGGGCUGGUGCCGCCCUACGAGGAGGUGUACCCCGGCUACUCGUACGGCAACUGGCCGCCCAAAGCGCUCGGCCCGCCGCUCGCCGCCAAGACCUUCCCGUUCGCCUUCAACUCGGUCAACGUGGGGCCGCUGGCCUCGCAGCCCGUCUUCUCGCCGCCCAGCUCCAUCGCCGCCUCCAUGGUGCCCGCCGCCGCCGCCGCGCCGGGCGCCGUGCCCGGUCCCGGGGCCCUGCAGGGGCUCGGCGGGGGUCCCCCCGGGCUGGCUCCGGCCGCCGUGUCCUCCGGGACCGUGUCGUGCCCCUAUGCCUCGGCCGCUGCCGCCGCCGCCUCCCCCUACGUCUACCGGGACCCAUGUAACUCGAGUCUGGCCAGCCUGCGGCUCAAGGCCAAGCAGCACGCUUCUUUCAGCUACCCGGCCGUGCCCGGGCCGCCUCCGGCCGCCAACCUCAGCCCGUGUCAGUACGCCGUGGAGCGGCCCGUCUGA